UCCCUCUCUUUCCUGGACCAGAUGAUAAGCCCUUACUCUCUGUCCUACCUCCUCCUCCUGCCGCUGGGCACCUGCUUUCCUCGACUGGACAGGGAAGAGCCUGUGGACGCCAUGGAUGGAAUCGGAGGCAAAAUGAGCUGGGCCGACCUGGCCAGGGGACACCGAGUCCACUCCCGGUGGGGCUCCUCCCCGUGGCCGAGAGCUCCACACUCGCCCGCCCUGCUCGUCACGGCCGAGGAGCUGCAGGCCUCGGGCAGCCAGCGUGCCGGCUUCAGGUUCCGGUUUGGGAGGCAGGACGCCGGCAGCGAGGCCACUGGCUUCCUCCUGGCUGAUGGCGAGAAGGCGAGUAGCCCGUUAGGGACCCUGGCUGAGGAGCUCAACGGCUACAGCAGGAAGAAAGGCGGGUUCAGCUUCCGCUUCGGCCGGCGGUGA